UUAGUAAAAGUGUUGACAACAAAAUUUUUGUUAAGCAAAAAUCAUUUUAAAAAACUGUUUUUCGAGGAUGUCAGUCGUUUUGAAGCACUUUUUUCGUGUUCCAACGUCUCAUUUUGGACCCAGAAUUGCUCGUUGUUACUCGACAAAGUUAGUUCCUGUUCCUUUAGCUUAUGCCUCGUACGAAAAGUUAUAUAAAAGUUGCAAUGAUUCCACGAAUAAUCCGAUGAUUGUGAUGCAUGGACUCUUCGGAGCGAAAGGCAAUUGGAAUUCCUUGUGCAAGGCAAUGCAUGCGAAGACAAAUCCCUCGAAAAGAAUUAUCAGUGUGGAUGCUCGUAAUCACGGCGAAUCCCCGCAUACCCCGACGCACUCUUACGAACUCAUGGCGGAAGACAUUGUCGAGCUGCUGCGAACUUUGGAAAUUAAAAAGGCGAUUUUAGUCGGACACAGCAUGGGAGGUCGUUGUAUGGCUUAUGUUGCUUUGAAAUACCCCCAUUUAGUGGAAAAACUCAUCGUUGUCGAUAUCACGCCCGUUCCUGGAUUGAAACUUGGCACAAGUCAAACCGAUAUUCCGUUUUUUCUGCAAGCGAUGAAGAGCAUUAAAAUUCCGGCAGAUCAAACAAUUCAUCAAGGGCGAAAGUUCGCGGAUGCCGAGUUGAGUAAAAUUAUUGCGGAAAAGUCGUUGCGUGAUUUUUUGAUCACGAAUUUGAUGAAAGAAGAUUCCGAUGGGGAAUUUCGAUGGCGCAUUAAUAUCGAAGCGCUCGAACAAAAUUUCGAAUCGAGCAUCAUGAAUUUUCCGCCAGUUGAUGGACUGAGAUAUGAGGGCAAGACGCUGUUCAUCGGGGGAGAGAUGAGCGAUUAUAUCAAAAAACAAGACUUUCCAAAGAUACAAGAGCUCUUCCCGAACUCAGAACUGACAUAUGUGAAAGGAGCGGGACAUUGGGUUCACUCACAAAAGCCGAACGAAUUCCUCGAAUUAGUGCUGAAUUUCAUAAAAAGCUAAAAAAAAUUAUUUAAAUAAAUUUUACU